AUGGCGGCCGCGACCAUGGCGCUCUCCUCCCCGGCGAUGGCCGGCACCCCGGUGAAGGCCUCCAGGGCGGCGCCCUUCGGCGAGGGCCGCAUCACCAUGCGCAAGACGGCGGGCAAGCCCAAGGUGGCGGCGUCCAGCAGCCCGUGGUACGGCUCCGACCGCGUGCUCUACCUCGGCCCGCUCUCCGGCGACCCCCCGAGCUACCUCACCGGCGAGUUCCCCGGCGACUACGGCUGGGACACCGCGGGGCUGUCGGCCGACCCCGAGACCUUCGCCAAGAACCGGGAGCUGGAGGUCAUCCACUGCCGCUGGGCCAUGCUCGGCGCGCUCGGCUGCGUCUUCCCCGAGCUGCUCGCCCGCAACGGCGUCAAGUUCGGCGAGGCCGUCUGGUUCAAGGCCGGCUCCCAGAUCUUCAGCGAGGGCGGCCUCGACUACCUCGGCAACCCCAGCCUGGUGCACGCGCAGAGCAUCCUCGCCAUCUGGGCCUGCCAGGUGGUGCUCAUGGGCGCCGUGGAGGGCUACCGCGUCGCCGGCGGCCCGCUGGGCGAGAUCGUGGACCCGCUCUACCCCGGCGGCAGCUUCGACCCCCUGGGCCUCGCCGAGGACCCCGAGGCCUUCGCGGAGCUCAAGGUGAAGGAGAUCAAGAACGGCCGCCUCGCCAUGUUCUCCAUGUUCGGCUUCUUCGUGCAGGCCAUCGUCACCGGCAAGGGCCCCCUCGAGAACCUCGCCGACCACCUCGCCGACCCCGUCAACAACAACGCCUGGGCCUUCGCCACCAACUUCGUCCCCGGCAAAUUAAUCAAGGCAUCUCUGUUCUUCUGGUUAACUACUUGUCUCUCUGAACCUCUCAAUGUCAAACACUGA